AUGAGGGGACAGAAAGAUUACGCCCGCUGUCUAGGUCAGGUAAUGUUAUCAGGGAAGUCACCGGUGGACCCAUUCCCUCGGAUAGAGAUAUGUGAAUCGGACGGAGGACGCGUAGCCACCCCGCAUUACGACCCCCUCAUGGUCGAGAUCAAAAUCUCCAACAUGAGAGUGAAGCGCAUCCUGAUAGAUACAGGAAGUUCAUCUGAUAUAAUGAGCAUGGGGUGCCUCAGCCGCCUAGCUCAUGAUCCUAAAAUCAUAAAGAGCAUCCACUACCCUAUCAUUGGCUUUGGGGGAAGAAUCAUACACCCUGUGGGCGUCAUUAACUUGCCGGUUCGGAUUGGAGAGCGUAGAGAUGGGCGAAAGAUGGGUGUAGACAUCCUAAUCGUUAAAGAUCUAACGGCAUACAAUGUCAUCUUGGGACGCCCUACCUUGAACAAGAUCAAAACAGUAGUCGCCACUCAUCUCAUGCUCCUGAAGUAUGUAUGUGACGAUGGGGCCAUAGGGACUAUACAUGGAGAUCAGCAGCAAGCAAGAGAUUGCUACCUCACAACUCUUAACCCAUCAGCAUGGAAAAAAGACCCGGCAGGAACCAAAGGCAAAAGGAAAUUAUAG